UUGGUGUAGAAUUAGCAACGUGAAUCAGUAAUUAUGUCAACAUCCAUAAAGGGGUUAAGGAUCCCUUCAAACAAUUAUCCCAGCAGUAUAAACAGUCGCAGCAGAAAUGGCAGUCAAAAUAGUAGGGAGAGUCGUAUCAGUAAGGGAACACAGGAUACUAAACUCGCACACGGAAACGGACUGCGGAACGAAGUGAAUCCAAUCCAAUCCCAAAAGAGCUCAAGCAGUAUUAUCAGCGACUUCGCACAUCUUCGGCCGAGAGGCGGUCUGCGUGGAAAGUCCUAUUGGCGCGAUGUCAUUGACGAAGUUGAGUUCGCGGUACAUUGCGUUUCGCAACCUCGUUUGCCCGUCAUCGACUACUCGCUAGUGUUGCCACCCCGUCUGCGGGAGCGGGUUAAGCAGAUACAAGCCUAUGACAAUUCGAAAUCAGAUGAUGUGGUUUUCAUUCGGGAUGAGAUGCGGGAUGAACGUCCACAUGAUUAUCAGAUUGCCAGUGAACAAGACAGCAGGGAAGAAGGUCAAGAUGGAGCUCCACUCAUAACGGACCUUGGGAAAAAAAAAGUGGAAGAGCACUUCAGUGAGAGCCAACAUUCGGAUAUAGUGCGUAUGGACCAUGAGUUUGAAAAGUUCGAUCUCAGGCUGGAUGAGCCAGUAGGUCAUACACACCGCACAAUCGAUAAGACCAGUUGGUAUGCGAAGUUCCUGUGCGCUACGCGGGAUGAACGCGUCUGUUGGGACUCGAGAGUGGAACGGUCAAAGCCGGGAGAUUCGGUGUACACGCUUGAUGAGCAGGCGGAGAAUCUGAUGGAUGCGUCAGCUGAACGUUUUAUUCAUUGGCUUAAUUCGAUUGGCACUUUGGAUACAUCCAUGACACCGGAGAAGGUUAAGAACUUAUUCUCCAUUAAAGGCGAUCGUACGCUUUUAGCGUCUGUUAAAACGGAUCCAAAGGAAGUCAAUGCCAUAGCCCAAACCGUAGCCGACAAGUGGAACAAACCUCACAUGGCAAUUGAGCUUAAAUACGAGAAACACAUCAAUGACCAUGCAAUGCGUGUAACACAAAAACCGCUUCUCAGCGCCUUUGGUCGAACUGUGCCUCUUAAGGAGCGACCAUGGGUAAAACGCUCCGGCGACAAGGUUAUCGAAACUGUGUAUCCAAAUGAUCUGCUGACGCGCGAGAAAAUCUUUAAGGGCAUCACUCAUCUUCGCAGUACCACAGCGCUAAUUGAUUUUUAUUUAAACAAUCCAAAAUUGGCACGGCCUUUGUAUUUAUUGCAAGGUGGAGACUUCCAAGAAAUGAGCACAAGCGAAUCGGUUGUCGAAAUUCCACUGUAUGAAUAUUUAGGCCUUCGUUACUAAAACGAUUUCGUUCUUGUAUUUUGAAGUAUUGUAAGAAAAAAAAAAAACAAAUAUGUUAUUCAUAGAAAUUAAUAGUAUAAUCUGAACUCAAAAAUGUUCAAACACAAAUCAGGCAUAAAAAAAUAAAUAAAAGAUACCUAAAGAAUG